UCAGAUGUUCAAGCAACUCUUUCGUCGGUUGUCCAAAAUGCCUCCAGUCGCAAAGAAAUUCGAUUAUUUAGUGAUUGGGGGAGGGUCAGGGGGCAUAGCAAGUGCUAGAAGGUCCACAGAAUUCGGGGUCAGUGUUGGUAUCAUUGAACACGGACGGCUAGGGGGAACAUGCGUAAAUGUCGGCUGUGUCCCAAAGAAAGUGAUGUUCAACACGGCAAUGCAUGCAGAGUUUAUCCAUGAUCACAAGGACUACGGCUUUGAUGUGGACGUCAAGAAGUUUGACUGGUCAGUAAUCAAGAAAACCAGGGAUGCAUACAUAAAACGUCUCAACGGUAUCUACGACAACAUGCUCACUAACAGUAAAGUGGAGAAAAUUACUGGCCAUGCGACAUUUACCGCAGAUAAAACCGUUGAAGUCGAUGGCAACAAAUACACUGCUGAUCACAUUCUGAUAGCGACCGGUGGACGCCCAAGCAUUCCGAAAAUCCCAGGUUCAGAAUACGGUAUUUCAAGUGAUGGGUUCUUUGAUUUGGAAGAGUUACCUAAAAAAACUGUUGUGGUCGGCGCGGGGUACAUCGCGGUAGAAAUGGCGGGAAUACUCAACGCUCUUGGCUCCGAGGUCCAUCUCUGCAUCAGGUACGACAACGCUCUCAGGACGUUUGACUCGAUGAUUUCGAGCGCCGUGACUGACGAAAUGGAGAAAGCCGGCAUGAAGAUCGAGCGCCGCACUCAGUUGGAAUCCAUUACUAAGAAGGACGACGGGAGUUUGUUUAUAAAGACGAAUAAUGGGAGUUUUGAUGAUGUGAAUUGUUUGCUGUUUGCGGUUGGACGAGCUCCCAAUGUGGAAAUUGGGUUGGAAAACACGGGUGUCAAACUGGAUAGUCGAGGGAAUAUCCAGGUUGAUGAGUUCCAGAGCACUAGUGCGCCAAAUAUCUAUGCACUCGGUGACGUGUGUGGCAAGGCCUUGUUGACUCCUGUUGCCAUAGCAGCAGGUAGACGUCUCAGCCACCGCCUUUUUGAUGGGAAAACCGAUCUCAAGCUCGACUACUCGAAUAUUCCCACGGUUGUCUUCAGCCAUCCUCCAAUCGGUACGAUAGGACUCACCGAGGAGGAAGCCAAAAAGAAACACGGUGAAGACAAUGUCAAGAUUUACAAGUCUACAUUUACGCCGAUGUAUCAUUCUGUCACGACCAGGAAGGUCAUGUGUCACAUGAAGAUGAUUUGUCUCCUACCCACGGAGAAGGUGAUUGGUAUCCACAUGAUGGGUCCAGGUGUUGACGAGAUGCUGCAGGGAUUUUCUGUUGCCAUCAAAAUGGGGGCGACCAAGGCAGACUUCGACAACACUGUUGCCAUACAUCCUACCUCAUCUGAGGAGCUGGUCACUCUGAGAUAGUUAUCAGGUUACUUUCUAGGGACUACUUAGAUUUCGUACCCAUUGUAUUAUACUGUCACCUUAAAAACUGACUGUAUUUUUAUUUUUGGACACUUGGUAAAUAUGAUGCUAGAUUUAUAUGAAAGGCCCACGCCGUUAGUUAAAAAUUUGAAAUUUGUAUUUGAAUUUGUAAUUCCAGUGCAUAAAUUACACACUGAAUACAUUUUUUAAAGGCACUCUAUAGGCAGCAGCUAUUAAGUAGGCAAGAUAAAGUAGACAAAGUGGCCAAUAGGGGUCUCUCGCAAUAUUUGGUGCUGAAUCCAACAUGACCCUCAUGGUGUACAUCGCCUGAUUUACCAAGUGUCCAAAAAAAUGCAAUCAAUAUCAAAAGCGUAUCUUUUUUAUUGAUGUGCCCUGUAGUUACAUGUAGUUCUCAAUUCAUGCUUAGCCGGUCACGCUGUAAAUUCUGUUGUUGCCAAUUCACAUAAUCAAAAAUCAUGUAAUUGCUUUGAAUAUAUAUCCUUUAUUUAUUGACCAGUACAUGUACUUUCAUACCCCUGUGAAGUAAAACACUUUAUACUGUGUUAAUUGUUAACCAAGACAUUCUAUUUUUGGGGAUUUUGCAAAAGAGGGUUAUCAAGAGGUUGAUUAAAAUCGUGAAAAAAUUUAAUUUGAUUUGAAUAAAAGAGAGAAAUCUCGUAACCCACCAAAAUAAAGACUGAAAAUUUGAUUUUUUCAGAAAUUUUUCAUGUUGCAAAUUAAAACGUUUUGAAAUUUAGCAUAGUUUUAAGAAAUCCCUUUUUUAUUAUAAUGUACCGGUAUAUUAUGUGUGUGCCAUCUUUGAUGUAUUGGUACAUACAUGUAUAGUAGCAAAUAUGGAUUAAUCUAUACUUGAUAGUAGUUAUAUCAUUGUGCUGCGAACCGUGAACUAUUUGCCAUCCUAAAAGUUGGUGAUACUGCUCAUUUAGUGGUAGACUUGAUAUCACAUUUGUCACAGAAAUUUAACAAAGUUAAAUGUAUUGAAAUUGAAAGGUUUGCUCUUUUUUAGUGCAUAUUAGAGCAUUAGACUGUGCAUUUGACAGUGCAUUAGACAGUGCAUUUGACUGUGCAUUUGACUGAGCAUUGCGAAAGUCACAAGAAUAAAACAUUAGUGAAAAUUUCACAUUUUACAGUAUAACGUAGAUAUAUUGGCACGGUGUUAUGAAAUGUGAUAAUCAAAAUUCCUUCCCUGUUAAUAUCAACUAUGUGCAUUCCCUAUGCAGAAAAUGCUGUAUAUGAGUUUUGUAACACCCUGUAUAGAUGGUCUUUGAAAAUCCCUAUGCCAUAAAUCGAUUUGUGCUU